AUGGAUAUCAGAAACAUAUCGACAGCCAGCCAUCCCGCCCAGGGUUCUUCAGCCUGGAAAGGUUUGGGCGACCUGUCAAAGGAGACCAAAAUCAGAAUCUGCGAGAUAAUCCAGGCCAGGGGCGACCGGGACACCCUGGACAGCCUCGGCGCCGCCAGCAAGGAGUUCUUCGCGAUCGUGACGGACCUGAUCCAACAGACCGUCACGCUGGAGCCGACGGACGUCUCGAUCCGCCAUCUGCGAGUCACCAUUGGGACGCCCGAGCUCGCCCGACGCGCGCGCCGCAUCGUCAUCAAGUCGGUCCCGUCAGGCUUCAACGAGCUGGGCGUCCGGCCGCAUGAGUUCCCCGGCCGACACGGGACCAAGCACCAAGAGGACUGGGUGGCGGCCGUCACGAACCUCCACCGCCUGCCGAGGCUCGACAGCGUGGUGUUGACGUUCACGCCGCGCUGCGCCGGCGAGCGCGACGAUCCCGACGAGGAGCAGCCCGUCCGGCGCAUCUGCGAACCGCCCGUGGUCCGCAACUGGAUCCUCGCCGUCGUGUUUGACGGCCUCGCCGCAAUCAACCACAGGCCUGGCCGGAGGAUCGUCUCCUUGACGGUGAUCAACCUCCAGAACAAGAUCCACGAGGCGGCGAGCCUGCCCACCUUCGCGGCCGUCGUCUCGCGGCUCCGCGAGCUGCGCGUCGAGGUCGUCACCGAGGUGGUACCGCGGCUCAACACGCGGCCGGGCGAAAAGAAGAACAGGAGCGGGUACUGGGAGCUGGACAUGCAGAUCCGGCUCAACUUCUGGGCCGACUUCAACAGAUUCUGGCUCGCGCCCGCACAAGCAACCCUGAGAUUGCUGGCGGUGUCGUGCUCAGACCCCUUCGGCGUGGUGCCACGCUGGAACCUGUCGGGUCUGCACUUCCCGCGCCUCUGGCACCUGGAGCUCGAAAAGGUCACCUUCUCGUACAGGUCGCAGGUGGAGUGGAUAGCGGCGCACAAGACGCUGCGGACGCUGUGGCUGCACAACUGCCCCAUCGCGCAGCAGUGGCGGACCAGCGGCGCGUACCAGGCCGAGCUCGACGUCGCGGCCCUGGUCCUCCACAGCUCGCGGCCGCAUACAAUGUAG